AUAGCUGACUCCAGGUCGGGACUCCAACCAUGGACACAGUGCCCAUAUGGCUUCUGGGAGUUUGUUCUCUACUGGCCGUUUUCUGUCCCAUCGUAACUAGUGAUUCCUGGAUCCCGUCCUCCAGUUCGUGGGUCGUGGAAUCGGCAGGGACUCCCUCAGGAGUUGUUUCCGACGCCGGGAAGGCCCUGGACGGAAACUCCGGUACCUACUGGAACCCAGAAGAACUGCCACAGAACUACAACAACUGGUACAUCACCUUAGACCUCGGAGCUUCCUACAGUCUCUCCAAGAUCAAGUUUCAAAACUACGGAGACACGACACACGACGUUUCCGCUUUCGCGCUUCAGAAGUCGUCGAGUUCGACCCCGUACGUCUGGGCAAACGUAGUCUCCAACUCAGGCGUUGCCACAGGCCAUACUUCAUUUCAAGAAUACGCCUUUACAGCGACGUCUGCCCGCUACUGGAAGUUCAUUGUGACACGAACACCAAAUGGCUACCAGCCGUAUUUGAAGGAGCUGCAAUUCUAUGGAUCAGGAGUUGCCGUUGCCGGAGGCUGGUCGGCGUGGGACGCGUGGACGGAGUGCAGCGUGACUUGCGGUAACGUCACCGGCAGCCGGACCCGCACACGCCGCUGUGACAACCCCGAGCCGCUGUUCGGCGGGAGGAGCUGUGCCGGGGACACACAGGAGACGAGCGCCUGCAGCUCUGAUGUGCCAUGUCCAGUUAUCGAAACAGGUGGAAGCGUCGGUGCAGAUCAUCUACUGUAUCCAACACUCUGUAUGUACGGGGACGGUUCUACCUACCGUGGAUCAGUAAAUACCACACAGUCUGGCCUGACAUGCCAACACUGGGACAGCCAAUCACCGCACGAGCACAACUCCACCGUCACGUAUCCUCUCGCGGGACUGCACGAGAACUACUGCAGGAACCCGGAUGGAGCAGCGCGACCUUGGUGCUACACCACGGACCCGGAUGUAACUCGGGAAUACUGCGAUAUUUCAAAUUGCUUCAUAGAUGAAUGCUACGAAGGUGAUGGGGCGAGCUACCGGGGAACUGUAAACGUCACCAAAUCGGGACGGGCAUGCCAGUACUGGGCCAACCAGACUAUUCACACGCACGAUAAUACUCCCGAGAACCACCCCAGCAGCGGCCUGGAGGAAAACUACUGCAGAAACCCCAACGGUACAGGUUACGUCUGGUGUUAUACUGCGGACCCUGAUGUGAGAGAUGAAGAAUGCGUCAUUCCUAGAUGUGAUAACAAAUGGACGCGUUACGGCACCAACUACUUCCGAGCUUACGGUGAGGAGCGCAAGACUUACGCCGACGCCAAAGCCGAUUGCGCCGAGGAAAACGCCCUCCUUCCGAUCGUGAAAGACUCCGGAACGUGGGACUUCCUCGUCAACCUAAGGGACUCGUCUGGAAUCACCUCUAAUGUCUGGAUAGGUGUGACUGAUCUAGAAGAGGAGGGGACGUUCGUUUGGGACGAUGGAAGUCCGCCAGGAUGGGAACCCGAUCCAAGCAGCCACAAGAGUCAUUGGGACUGCGCCAAAAUGACGAGAAGUGAAGACGAUCCUCCCAAUCAGCUGUUGUCUGCUAACUGCACCAAUACAAAGUAUUACAUCUGCGAAAGAAUAACGAGACCGUGUUCUCCGAACCCGUGUAUCAAUAACGGCACGUGUGUGGAGACUGUACCGUCAGGCUUCCUCUGCAGAUGUGGACAGAACUACACCGGGACAUACUGCGGCGGAGAGUUAGAACACGCGAUCUACUCUCCGAAGCAUAAGAGUCGCAGGAGCAUUUCCGGAGCAGAACCGUGUGGUCUACCGACGUUCCACCACGUCCCCCAAAGCGAUUGUUCAGGGUCAGACAUAGCCAGGCAUCCCGGUGUUUCACUCCAGUUCUGCGCAGACGCUUGCUGUGCCGUGUUGACAUGUCUGUCGUUUCAGUACAACGUCUAUUCAGAGUGUUUUUUGAAAAACAAACUUUGCCUGGAUGUGGAGAAAGGGUAUGCGGCAGCCGGGAACAUGUAUGACCGCCCUGCCGUAUCAGCAACAACAACGACGCCAUCAACAACAGCGGCGACGACUGUACCUGGCACAGAGUGUCCCGCAGGCUGGUCACUGUUCAGUGGAAAAUGUUACAAAGUUUUCACCGACACGGUGACAUACAGCCAAGCCAGACAAGUCUGCAUAGACAACAGUGGAAGCCUGGCAAUGGUCAAGGACUCUGAGAUUAGCAGCUUCGUGAAAACUCUGUCAUCGGACCACAAAUGGUUCGGGUUAAGCGACGAGGUCACCGAGGGGCAGUUUCUGUGGGAGGACGGGACCAGCCUGACAUCGACAGGGUUCACGGACUGGUAUCCAGGCGAGCCGAACGGUGGAAGUCUUGAAAAUUGCGUCCAGUAUUGGAGACGGACUUGGAAUGACAGGAGCUGCACAGACCAGCUUGGGUUCACAUGUGAAGUACGAGCAACAACACCAACUCCGACUCCAACGCCUACCCCAAUAACAGUGCAUGAAAGUUCUGUAAACAUCGCCAGAGGGCGCCCUGCCUGGCAAUCCAGUACACGCUACCAAGAAGGCACACCUGACAAGGCAGUAAAUGGAGACAGAUCAGGAUAUUACGAUCGUGACCAUUCCUGUAGCCACACCGCCGCAGACAACAAUGCCUGGUGGUACGUCGACCUGGGAAGCUCACACAGCAUUGAGAGAGUCGUCAUCUUCAAUCGAGAAGGCUGCUGCUCAUGGAGACUCAACCCUUUCCGAGUCCACGUCGGCAACUCCACGGCGGUCACGUUGAACCCCUCGUGUGGAGGAGACCACAGUGCCCCUAACCUGACGGUCGCAUGCGGCGGCCUGACCGGGCGGUAUGUCGGGGUGCUGCUUCCCGGCAGCAGUCGGGUGUUGACGCUGUGCGAGGUAGAGGUGUACGGAAGUAAAGUUCUGAAAUGGCGCGACGAUUCCCGUUGUGGAGACGGUUACACUGUUGAAGACGGGAGUACCGCUGAGUGCAACCCUGACAGUGAUAGGCCAUGCUGCUCUCCGUACAACUACUGUGGAUACACUACAGAUCACUGUGACUGUGAAGGUUGUGUCGACUACCGUAAGCCAGGAAACAUGGAAGACUGGACGAAGCACGGAUCUAGUUCCUACAAGUUCCUACAAUCUACAUUCGUAAAUUACACCGAGGCCAGAGCCCUAUGCGACGCCGAAGGCGCGAAACUGGCGAUGCCAAAAGACCAAGCAACUCACGACUUUAUAGUGGAGCUUAGAAACCACUUUCACACCAACAUUAAUCUUUGGAUCGGACUGAACGAUAUAGAUGUUGAAGGCGACUUUGUGUGGGAAGACGGUACUCCACUAGGAAACUUGACGCGUUGGUUUCCCAAUCAACCAAAUAACGUCAACAGGCUACAGCACUGCGCCGUCCUCACACCCGAGACUAACCCGUACCCCAACCAGUGGCGGGACGAUAAAUGCAGUAAUACAUGGGGAGUCAUCUGUGAAAAAGGCUGCCCGGAAAACUAUAUUCAGUUCAAAGAUUCGUGUUUCCAAGUGUUCGAAGAGCCCAGGACGUUCUCCGAAGCACGUGCAGCAUGCGCGGCCCAGGGCGGGCUGCUAGCCAUGCCUAAGGACAAUGCAACAAACACUUUCCUGAUGAGUCUGAUGCAACCCAAUCUCACAUGGUUCGGCCUGGAGUAUCAAGAAACCGAGGGGCAAUGGCGAUGGGAGGACGGUAGCGUCUAUGACUUAGAAAAAGAUUUUGGCAACUGGGGGCCAGAAGAGCCAAACAACAUGGGUGGAAAUGAACACUGUGUUCACUUCACAAAACUUUAUUCAUGGAAUGAUCGACGAUGUCAUCAGACCGUUAACUAUAUCUGCCAAAUACAGCUAACUCCACCGGUCCCGGCACCUACUACAGCAGAACUUCCAGAGGACACUGUGUACAACGUGACGACAAACUCGUCGACAUUCCGAUGGGAGUUGGAGUCGGUUCCUGCCAUCUCCUUUGCUGUCGAAGCAAAUGUCAGAUCAGACGUGCGACUAGCCCUGUCUCCGGUCAACAACUCCACAGGCACGAUGUACGAAAUAAUCAUCGGCGGGUGGAACAACCUGCUCACUACCCUUCGGCGGACUGAUUCAGAAGACCAUAUUGCGGUGAAACUCACCCCCGGUAUACUGCCUGAGGGACAGUUCAGAAGGUUCUGGGUGCGGUUUAUCAAAGGGACUGUGAGAGUGGACACAAUCUUCUCCGUUCGGUUUACCGCCGUUGUUGAGAUCCCGUGGAACGAGGGGUAUAGACAUCCUGCUUCAAUGGCCUACCAAGAACUGGUGAAUGAUACGACUCAGGCAGUAUCCAGAAUCUUUGCGGUCGAUGCAGCAUUCCACAGUGUUAUAGUACAUGACAUCAGUCCGGGGUCCGUUGUGGUGAUUUUCAGUGUUCAGUUCAUCGGGGCUCGUCCAAACGAGACUGCUGUGCACGCAAACAUGGCUUCGGCAGUUGCAGACUCCCUUCUAGUCGUGGCAGGCUAUACCGUCAGCGAACUGUGGCCGGGAGGGGAUAUAGACGAAUGCGGCGAUGCUUCGCACAAGUGUUCGCGGGACGAACUGUGCUUCAACACCGAAGGUUCCUACAGAUGUGCCCAGUGUUACCCGGACUUUACCGUACAAGGUGGGGCAGACAUACCUGCCUCUGCCGUAACCAUCUUACGAAGGGUCGGGUUCUUCCUCCGAACCGAGACAAACAUUGACUGUAAUGUUGAAUAUACAGUUUCCUUCGCGUGGACAGUUUGGAGCGUGGAGGGAAGCGAUAUCCAACAGCUCAACACCACAGGAAAGCUGAAGACGUCCGCGCAUGAAAUUGCAAUUCCUAAAAACUUUCUUCCUUUGGGGCUGAACAUGCUGAAGGUCGUGGUUACAGUACUGGAGAAGGAGUCAGGACUUAGACUGAACAGGAGUCUGGAACGGUGGGUGAGGAUCAUCUCCUCUCCGAUAGAGGCACGGAUUGCAGGAGGGUCGGCGAGAAGUGUCAGUUUUGGAUCGGACAUGACGUUGGACGCUGCUGUGUCAUACGAUCCGGACAGUAUCGUCAAGGACUCAAGGUUAUUCAACUUCAGCUGGACCUGCAGAAUCGGACAAGUGUCACCUUGUGACGAGGUGUUUCUCAACGUCAGCACCAAAGCUGCCUACGUCAUCCCAUCCGGGGUAUUCAGACCAAACGACACCAUCAUAUUUACAGUAGAUGUGAGCUUCUCCGGACGGGUUUCCGGGGUGUACGUACAAGCCAUUCAUCUAGGAGUUGAGGACCCCACUAUUUCUCUGAGGUGCAACAGCAACUGCAACAACCGCAUGAACCCGUCAGAGCGGCUGGCCCUGCAGGCUGUGUGUGACAACUGUCUGCAGGGUGAGCAGCUGUACUACAACUGGACCUUACAAAAAGCGCCCUCUGACUACAGACGGUCGAUCUUCAACUGGGAAACGGACACAACCACUGGGAACCUUUUGCCGGAUCUCGUUGUGCAAGCCGAUAUCUUUACAAAACCCGGAGCCUAUGUCUUGAGAGUAGACGUGGUAAGAGCAGAGGGUGUUUCAGGGUUUGCCGAGUACCGGUUUGAACCAAACACUCCGCCCACGGUGGGGACUUGUUCAGCUAGUCCGGAGACCGGUGUCGCGAUGGUUGAUGAGUUUUCCGUACAAUGUACAGGAUUUGCAGACAGCGACCUUCCCAUGACGUUCGCGUUCUUCUACAGCACAGGAGGACAGAGACUGGUAGCCAUCAACUCUACCGCGGGGGAUGAUGAGUUGUCUUUGUUCUACAGUGGACUGGUGCCGUCCACCCCGCCAAUACCUUUCCCGGUCGGUCUUCCAUCACGUGACUUCAACGUCACCAUCGUGGUGAGGGCGACAGAUGUUCUUGGGGCUCAGGCUUCGGUCAGUCUUGUGGUGAAGGUAUUUCCGCUUCCUGUAGAGGAGACAUCAAGUGUCGCCACUCAGCUUACGAUUGGAGCGAACAGCACUCUGGGUAAACUGGUGCAGGGUGGGAAUUUCCAGGCGGCAGUACAGAUCUCCAACAGCGUCAACUCCGUUCUGAAUGUCGAGGCUACAAAUGCUACAGACCAGGACAAACAAAACGCCACGCAGGUCCGCUCUUCUAUCAUCUCUUCCCUGUCAGAGUUCAAGGUACAGAGCGUGUCUUCGGUCAACAUCCUCGCCAAUGCGCUUAGUCAGGCCACGGUGGUACAGGAGGAGGUGUCGACUGAUUCACAGGUGACCGCCGCUGCGAGCUUGGUGGAUCUGGUAGGGAUCAUACAGAAUCAACCUGAAGAGGAGCUGGGGAUUGAAGAAGCGGAGGAAUCGUCCGUCUUUCUAACCUCAGCCCUUGUGAAUGUCAUGAGAGCAUCUUCAUACUCAUCUCAAGAGGCAAAGAGCAGGCUUACUGGCAGGACCAAGACGGAAAGGCUUCAACAGACCCAAGCCGCAACGAGCAACGUAUUCGGAGCCUUGAACACGAUGAAUGACGUCGUCCUCAGCCGCAAGAGGCCGAACGAGAAGCCAACCCUCCUCCAACAGGACAACUUUGAGCUGUCUCUCCGGAAACAGACGUGCGACCAGAUGAGUUCACAAAUCGUCACGACUACAGAAGAAAACGGCGGGUGGUUUCGGACACCAAACGCGUCAAUCCUAUUUGGGGAGAACACGUGUCGAGAUCCGGUUGAUUCAGAGACUUAUCAAACGACCUUGAACCCAUAUGAGUACUCUAGCGACUCUGACAGGAUCCAGUCGUCUGUUGGCGCCCUGAAAUACAAGAACGACAGGGGCGAGCUGGCGGUGUCCAACCUGGAAAGUCCCGUGGAGGUGGUUGUGGAGAGAAAGGGCGCAGUACAAGUACAGACGGAACGGGGCAGAACUGGGCGGGCUGGAACAGGUGCCAUGUCUGUACACAGCUUCAAUGUCACUGACGAGGAAAAUUCCAUCCACGUGAUUGUCACGCCUGAUUUGAACUGGGUUCCGAUCCGCCUGUAUCUUUGGCGCCAAGAUCAGCCAAUCAAAGGACAGUAUGGUUGGAACGUCACGCUACCCCUGUCGUCUGACCAGCUGUACUCGGUCCGGUGGUUGGACGGUGAAGACAUUACUGCUGACCCUUACAGUUGGUUCUGGACUCCGGAGGAUCUGGCAACAGGAGAAGGGCAAAGAUAUUACUUGGGUGUGGAACACGUUCCGUUUAACCAAAGCGGUUUUGACCUGUCCGAUCUCCGGGAACUGGAGAACGGGACAUCAGAGGUGGAGUUUAGCUACAACGACGAGAACUUCACCCUUCCCUACACAGUAACAAUCCUGUCCACCAGGUGUCUGUUCUUCGAUGAUCAAAGCCACAGGUGGAAGUCAGACGGAUGUAGGAGUGGACCACUGACGAACGCCAACAUCACACACUGUUUCUGCGACCAUCUGACAGCGUUUGGGUCGGAUUUCCAGUUCUUUGUGGCUCCCAACUCCCUCAACAUCCUCAAAGCGCUGCAAGGAUUCAACAACAUCAGCGAAAACCCUGCUGUUGUGAUAACCAUCAGUGUCAUAGUUGGGAUCUAUCUUCUGAUGGUUCUAUGGGCAAGGUGGAAGGACAGGAAGGAUGUAGAAAAGGUUGGAGCGACCGUCCUGGGCAGUUCUCCAGGCGGGGGCUGCAGUGUGUAUCGGGUUGUUGUGUUCACCGGUGCCAGGUCAAAUGCAGGGACCACCGCUAAGGUGUCAGUCAUGUUCUACGGCGAUACCGGCGAGUCCGGCCCGCAUGACCUGGAUGACCCCAGACGGAUGACGUUUUGUACGGGAGGAGUGGACUCCUUCCUCGUGACCAGCUCGGGCGGCAUGGGGCCCCUCAACUACAUCCACAUCUGGCACGACAACUCUGGGGACGACCCAUCCUGGUUCCUGAGCAAAAUUAUUGUCACAGACGUCAACACAGACCGCAAGUACUACUUCCUAUGUGACAAGUGGUUUGCUGUUGAAGAAGGAGAUGGGAAGGUUGAGCGCAUAUUUCCAGUCGCAUCAGACAAGGAGCUGAAACGUUUCAAAACCAUCUUCUCGUCCAAGACCGGGGCAGGAUUCCGUGAUGAUCAUCUUUGGUUCUCUGUGCUCGGCAGACCUGCAUACAGCACGUUCAGCCGCGUGCAGCGUGUAUCCUGUUGCCUAUCGCUGUUGCUAUGCACCAUGCUGGCCAACAUCAUGUUCUUUGGCACGGGGGACUCUUUCCAGAAGCCUCCUGCUGUGAACAUCUUCGGCUUUGACGUUCAACUCCCCAUCUCCUGGGGAGAGAUCAUGAUAGCCAUCGAGAGCGCACUGUUGGUGUUUCCUAUCAACCUGGCCAUCGUGCAGAUAUUCCGCCACUGUGGCCCCAGACCAGCCCAACUGAAGAAAACUGACCAAGACCACGGAAAGAAAGCUGGCAGAGAAUCAUCGGAACAUUCAGAAGGCAAGAGGAGCUGUAUCAACUCGUCUCCCGCCACCGUCAUUACGGAGUUCACCGACGAUGAUCGAGAGCUCAUACGAGAAAUAUUAUCAUCCUGCAGGACACCAUCUCAAUUAACGAACAUCAAAACUUCCAUAGCAAAGAGUCGGGCGUCCAAAUCAAGCAAAACUACACGGCGGCUCCCUUCGGGUGAUGGUAAGCAACUUCCUCCCCUAUCAGGAUCGUAUGACGUCAAGCGAGCAGAAUCAGUUAAGAAAAAGAAGACGAAGAAAGCGUUCCUUCUCCCAUGGUGGUGUGUAUACAUAGGCUGGUUCUUGGUCUUCUCCUCGUGCUUCGUGUCGGCGUUCUUCACCAUCCUGUACGGGUUCGAGUACGGCAGACAGAAGGCUGAGGCCUGGCUCUUUACUUUCCUUACCUCCUUUUUCUUCGACCUCGUCGUCACGCAACCCAUCAAAAUCCUGCUGAUCGGAAUAGUCUUUGCUCUCAUCAUUAAGAAAAUAGAUACAUCCGGGGAAGAAGUAGCACCGACCCCCAUUCAGGAAGACGAGGAAUAUCUGGUGCAGGAAGCAAAGGAAUUAGGAAGUGCAACAAGCAUGAAACCACGAGCCACGGGGCCACCAGAUGACCAGGAACUGCUGAAGGCUCGUCAACAACGUUUCCUGGAACUUAGCUUGCGUUCGGCGCUGCUCGAGCUCUCAUUCUUCACCAUUUACGUCUUCAUCCUUAUUUUGGUUGCCAAUGGAAACAAGGACUUCUACAUGUACCACAUGACCACCAAUGCUGAAAAUGUGUUCACUGGUCCUUUCAGUAAGAUCACAAAUCGUGAAAAAUUCUGGAGCUUCAUGAGAAGCACACUCGUGUCUGAGCUGUAUUCAUCAGAGUGGUAUAACGGAAAGGCCAUAGACUCCGACAAGCUGGGCUUUCUUUCGGACUACAACUCCUACAUCGUCGGUCCCGCCAGACUUAGGCAGCUGCGUGUCAAACGAAGCGGCACCUGUCAGAUUCCGGGUGCCAUGACUAGGGUGUCACCCACGUGCCACGGUGAAUACAGCUGGUGGAACAAUGACGACGGACACUACACACUAGGAUGGAAGGAGUGGACCGCGUCAUCAAACGGCAGCGUGAACGUCGCCAAUGUGUCUUCUGAGCUGAGGCCUUGGGUGUAUCAGUCGACAAGCCUUACAACUGCAACGCCACAUUAUGGUUUACACGGAAUGUACUAUGGCGGAGGUUACAUCCUGGAACUUCAGUCGAACAAUUCUAAUGCCAACCUACAAAUGGUCGAUGGUCUGGAGAGAGGACAAUGGAUAGACUCUGCCACUCGGGCCAUAUUUGUCGAACUCAUCGUCUACAACCCGAACGCCAACCUGUUCUCUGUGGUCAGCCUUCUGGCGGAAUUCUCUAGUCUGGGGAAAGUUUACACGCACCACGAGAUAGCAACAGUUCGACUUUACUUGUACCAGACCACGUGGAGCUACGCUGUUCUCGCCUUCCAGAUUAUGUUCGUCUUCGUCACUUUUGUGUUUGCCUACAGAGAAGUGAACAGAAUCCUGCUGAUGGGGACGGAUUACUUCCGUCUGUUUUGGAAUCUGGUGGAGCUUUGCGUGUGCCUGCUGUCUUUGGCGCAGAUUGGACUUCAACUGUACACCACGUACAUUAUCCUGGACUUCACCAAUAAGGCUGGAAGGACCAAUGACAGAUCUUACAGUAAAUACAAACAAGCCGCUAGCUGGGACCAGCUGAAUACCUACGUGCAAGCCUGGCUCGUCUGUGCGGCCACCCUGAAAUUGAUGCACCUUUGUCGCUUCAACAAACACGUAGAAAGAAGCGCCAUUACUUUAACCAGAUCCACCAAACCCUUGCUGAACUACAUGGUGAUCUUCGUCAUUACCGUAUCGGCAUUUUGCAUGCUGACGUACCUUGUACUUGGUGCUUCGCUUGAAGGAUACAGCCCGUACAUAACCAAUGUGGAAACGAUGCUCGGGGUGAUGCUUGGAGGCUUCGACUUCAAUGCACUAUCGGACGCUCACCAUUUCCUCGGACCUGCCAUUUUCUUUGGGUACCUGAUGUUUGUCAACUUCCUCCUGCUGAUGAUGUUUUGUGCCAUUCUGGACGUGGCGUAUCACGAAGUCAUAGAGGGUGAAAGCGAAGAUGAAAAAUCAAAGAAUCAGAAGAUUACAGAGCUAGGAAUGGCAAUAGCAGGUGAUGCUUACCAAAGAACAAAAGAUAUGAUAGAAAAAUCCCUGGGCUGGCAGACACACGUGCUUGAGGAGAUAGAAGCUGAAGAGCGUGAUGAUGAUGAUGAGCUGGGGAUGCUGGAUGAGAACAGUAACAGUGUGGAACAGGAGGAGGAUGGGGGAGGGGGGCAGGCUGCAGUAACAGCAGGAACUGAGACAGGGGCAACAGCAGGGGCUAUGGCUGGGGAACAUGGUCAAACAGGUGCUGUCAUGCUGUACGGUGUGGAUGACCUUGAGCGGCAGCUGACCCUGCAGCUGCGCAGGUUCCACCAGGAGCAGCAGGUGCAGCAGAGACAGCUGCAGGAACAGCUGCAGCGCAGGCGGCAGGAGGAGGAAUGCUGGCAGCUGGAACAGGAGCAGCGCAGCAGACAGAGAGACGCAGAGUUCCACAGGCAGCAGGAGCAGCUGGAGAAACAGAAGCUGGAGGGGCAGGCUAAGCUUGAUGCUCAGCUGCAAGAGGAGGAGAGGAGGAAAGAGGAGUUGCUACGGCAACAGGAACAGCAGAUACAGCAGCUGUCUCAACAAACAGCUGAGGAAAAGGCUGCCUUCUAUAAAGAACAGGAACAGGAAAAGCAAAGGUUGGAGACCCAGAGGCAGAACGCUGCAGCAAGAAUACAAGCUGCAUUCAAGAGCUACAAAGUGAGAAAAAUCCAUGGUCCAGUUUUGAAUGAAAAAAGAGAAAACAGGAAAAAGUCUUGGGCUUUGAACAGGCAGCUGGAGAUAGAGAAACACAAAAAGGAUGAAGAGCUAAAACAAAGACUGGCUGAAAAAGAAAGAAAAAGGAAGGAAGAUGAGCAGAGGCAAGAAGAGGAGAGGAAACAGAAGGAGGAGGAAGACAGAAGGAAAAAGGAACUGGAAGAGAAAGCAAAAAUAGAGGAGGAAAGGAAAAGAAAGGAAGAAGAAAAGAGAAGGCUGGUGGAGGAAGAGAAAAAGAAACAAGAGGAAGAAGAGAGAAGAAAAAGGGAGGAAGAAGAAAGAAAAAGGGAGGAGGAGAGAAAGAGAAAAGAUGAGGAAGAAAGGAAAAAGGAAGAGGAGAGAAAAAGAAAAGAGGAAGAAAGGAAAAAGCAGAAGGAAGAAAAAAGGAAAUUGGAAGAGAAGAGAAGUGAAGAGGAAAGACAGAGACUAGAAGAGGAAAGAAAACAAAAAGAGGAAGCCCAGAGGAAAGAAAAAGAACGACUAUGCAGAAUACAAGACGAGGAAGAGAGAAGAAAAUUAGAAGAGCAAGAAAAGAAUAGGAGAGAGGAAGAACAAAAGAAAAUGGAGGAAGCGGCAAGGAUCAAACAGGAAGCUGAAGAGAGAGUCAAGACUAGAGAGAGUGAAGAUGUAAAAACUAAUACUCCUGAACAGGCACAUAAUAACUCUUUGGGCACACAGAAAAAUUCCACAGACAAUUCUCCUACAGAAGGAAGUGUACUUACACCACAGGAUAUGACAGCCAUUGCUGACGACAUUGAUAGAAGACGUCUACAGUGGAUGGAGUCAUGUCGGCCGUGGAGUCAGCUGGCUGCAGAGUUGAAGCGCAGGAAGCCCAAGAAGGGUAGGAGGGGGGCCACCAAACCUGCUGCCUCUGCCAAGAACCUGCCAGAGCUGACUGAUGAACAGUUACUGAAAGCAUCAAAACCAGGAACACUACUGGACAAGGUUGAGGAGGUGAAUAUUGAGGGACUGACAGGAUGUAGUCUAUCCAGACUGUCAGAGUGUCCAGGUCUCCUCUCUAUCUCUGUAAACCAGUGUGAUGCUCAGGUGUUGUAUGGUGUCCAGAGGUUCACCAGACUACAGCACAUUGACGUGAAGCAGAACCGGUUGAGUGUACUGGUUUGUUCCGGUUGCGCCAGCCUGAACUGCCUCCUGGCAGCACACAAUCAGCUGUCCUCCAUAAACGGGCUGGAUGGGUGCAACAACCUACAGGUCCUUGACCUCAGCCACAACAAGAUCACCAGAAUAGGUGGCCUGGACAGCUGUGUGCACCUGCAGCACCUGGAUCUGUCUCACAACCAGCUGAUCGGCCUGCGGGGGCUGCAGCUGGUCCCCACCCUGCUGCACCUGGAUGUCUCCCACAACCACCUGCCAGCUGCGGAGCACCUGCAGGACUGCGCGCUGCUGCAGCACCUGAAUCUGGCCAGCAACACACUGACUAAGCCCCCAAGUCUGAACAACCACGUCCUGCUGCGUAGCCUGGUGCUGGAUGACAACAGCAUCUCCAGCCUGGAUGUGCUGUCCACGGCCUGGCUGCCUCUGCUGUCCCUGCUGUCAGUCAAACAGAACAGUCUGACCCAAGUGAGCUCCUUGUGCCACCUGAUACUGCUGGAGCACCUGGAUGUCAGCUACAACCAGCUGGAGGAUGUGGCAGGUGUAGCAGGUGGUGUGUCUGCCUGUGUCCGCUUACACACGCUAAAUGUUGCAGGAAAUCCACUGACCGAGGACAAAAGUUACAGGUCUGACUUAGUGGCAGCUGUACCCAGCCUGUGCCAGCUGGACGGAGAAGAGGUUCAGCAGGAAAGUAGUAUAGCAAGUGACACGGAACUCCCAUUUGUGAGGAUGUGCCUCGCCCAACGGACACAGCAGGACAACAUGAUGCACAGGCAUGAGGCAGAACUCAAGGAUGCUAAACAAUCAGGCGAGGUGAAACGAUGUCUGGCUGUACAGCACGUACAUCAAGAGGAGUGUUACCAGUUAGCCGUGGACCACAGAUACGCUCACGAGUAUGGAGAAAUGGAUUCUUCCGAGCCAGCUGUCUCAGAGAAAAAAGACACAGGAGGAAAGUUUUCUGAUCAAAGGUCAAGUUCAGAACUCAGAACCGAGUCGACAAAGGAGGAGGAAGUACGGUUAGAUAAAGUUGCACCAACAUCAAAUGUGGGCACUGAUACUUCAUCAGUUCCUAGAACUGCAGCAAAAGAUGAUACUCAGGAGGUUUCAAGAAAAGCUGUCAGUCCUUCAGAUGGAAGAUCAUCUCCAGGAGUCAGUUCCUUACAGCAGGGCUACUCAGUGGUUUCAAAAAGUGUUGCAGCUACCAGGAUCCAGUCUGUAUGGAGAGGUUAUAGUGUGAGGCGGGACAUCAGACAACACACUCAGGACUGGCUGGCUGCUAACACCAUACAGGAGGCUGCUACUAAAAUACAGGCUGUGUGGAGAGGACACAGGCUGCGACUGCGGCUGAAGCGAGCGCUGCAGGCCGCCAGGUGGGAGGAGGAGGAGGAGGGUGAUGAUGAUGAUGAUGAGUUUGGAGAGGUGGACCUGUCCUCGUUUGACCUCCAGGCAGCUGAGCUGGACCAGGCCUGGGCACCUCCACAGACACCCACCCUGCCUACAAGGCACGCUGUUCUUGGUUCAGUGUCGUCCAAACAGGACAGAGCACAGGCCAUGUGGGACACCCGUCAGGCAUGGCAGGCAGCCCCCACCCCUCCCCCUCCCAGCCCCAAACACCCCCUCCCCCCUGUCAAACCCCCCAGCAGGGCAAGCAGUGCCUCCUCCCAACACCAACCUACCCCUCCAACUAGCAGACUUGGCAGUGUAGUCAGUACAAAGAGUGAACAGCUGACAGAAGAGUGGGGGUUCAAGUCUGGUACCACAGCGGAGCUCAUGAUGAAGAGAGCUCGCAGGAUGAAGGCUCGCAAGAAGAAAACUUUGGACCCCCAUCAGAGGUUGGCCUUACAGCGUAAGCUUGCAGAGAAGGAGGCUCCGCCCACUGUCCGAGCCCCGCCCAGGAAACAGACCAACCGAGUCGACUACUUCAGAGCUAAGGAAGCCAUGCACCAGUUCCUAGAGUCAGCAGAGGCAGAGCUUGAGUGUGUACAGGAGGAACAGAGACAGAAGAUGACUUACACCUGGGUCCACUCACAGGUGGGGCACCUGGACAGCUCACCCGAACACGACAGGUUGAUGAGAAGAACAGGCAGCACAGGCACCCUGCCUCGUCUGGACCCAGAGAUCAUCGCAACUGGGAGGGUACAACUGGUGAGGACUCCUCCUACUACACAAAUGGAUGGACUGGAGCUGGAGUCUGUGGAUGGAACAUCUGCAUCUGACCUACAGUCACACAGGGAGAGGAGACAUUCUAUAGAGGGGGACAGUCCCAGAGAGACAGUGUUUGAACCGAGCCCACCCAAGACAAAUUCAGCGCCGUCACAGAAGUUACGGGAGCGGUUGUCACGUCACAGCGGUGGGGACAGGAAUGCAGGCUGGGGCCCAGGCAGACGGAAAAUACAACUCUUCAAAAUGUAGUUCAGCAAUACAUGUACAUGAGCCCUGACAUGUGAUACAUGUACAUAGUAUCACAAUGUCA